AUAAUUGUGUGAACCAACUUCUUCGAAAGAAGUCAUGUCAAGUCUCGCAAGGAGACGGAAAACUUCGGUGCUAGGCUCAAAGAGAUGGUGGCAGGGUGGUUGCUGGGCCACCAGAAGCCAUCAGGAGGCGUAUCUCCGUAAACUAUACGCCAGGAAGAACGAUCAGGUUAGCAAAAUUGACGACGAAUCAACCAAUCGACGGGAUCUACCUGGUAAUUGGACGCCUGGCACGGUCUACGAGUUACCUUCCGCGGAUGAACAUUAUUUGGAUGCUUUCCUAAGGAAUCGCGAGGAUGGAAACGAAGAUGAUGAUGUGGUUGACGCUGUGGUCGAGUGUCCAGCUUUGGCUACGACGAGAGCUAGCCCUACGGAGAAGUGCGUGAAAUACUUGAACGGUGCCCAUGACGUCGUUGCGUUUGAAACCGAACGUAGGAUCACGGGGGAGCCGGUGGUAGCCGAUUGCGGCUCCCUGCAUUCGGGUUACGAUGUCGCCGCCUCUGCAGAGAAGGUGUGCAGAAGCUGCAGGUGUCCCAGAGAGGAGCAUCAGCGGACCUCGACGGAGGCGGGAGGUCCCUCGGGACUCGGCCUCGGUCCUGGUCCGCCGAUGGCCAUGGCCAUGGCUUUCCAAAGCGGGGCCGCUGGUUCUUCUCACCAAGAACCCUUCAAGAGUCCCGUGCAACCGGCUCCGCCGGGCCUCGCCCUUCAAGAGGCCCUGAUGCAUCAUCAGAGGCACUCACAGAGCGACGAUGACAGCGGAUGCGCGCUUGAAGAGUACACGUGGGUCCCGCCCGGCCUCAGGCCAGAUCAAGUACACCUGUACUUCAGCGCGCUACCGGAAGACAAGAUCCCGUACGCGGGCAGCGCCGGCGAGCGGGAGCGAGUGAAGCAGCUGCUGCAGCAACUUCCACCGCACGACAACGAGGCACGAUACUGCAGCGGCCUCACCGAGGAGGAGAAACGGGAGCUGAGGGUGUUCGCCGCGCAGCGGAAACGCGAGGCGCUCGGACGGGGACACGCGAGCCAGCUGGACAGGCCCCACGGCGCCGGAUGCCGCGAGUGCAGCAGGCCGAUCGCGGCCGGCGAGAUGGCGGUGGCUGCGAGCCGCGCCGGUCCAUCCGCCCUCUGGCAUCCGGCCUGCUUCGUCUGCUGCGUGUGCAGGCAGUUGCUCGUCGACCUGAUAUACUUCUGGAGGGACGGCAGGCUCUACUGCGGCCGGCAUCACGCGGAAACGCUCAAGCCGAGGUGCUGCGCCUGCGACGAGAUCAUACUCGCCGACGAGUGCACCGAAGCGGAGGGGAGGGCGUGGCAUAUGAGGCACUUCGCAUGCCUCGAAUGCGAUCGCCAGCUUGGUGGUCAAAGAUACGUUAUGAGGGAGGGAAGACCUUACUGUCUUCGAUGUUUCGAUGCCUCGUUCGCCGAGUACUGUGAUAGCUGUGGCGAACCAAUCGGCGUGGAUCAGGGGCAAAUGUCUCACGAGGGUCAGCACUGGCACGCGACCGAGACUUGCUUCUGUUGCGCCACUUGCCGUACGUCCCUUCUCGGACGGCCUUUUCUUCCACGGAGAGGUGCCAUUUAUUGCAGCAUAGCCUGUAGUAAGGGGGAACCGCCGACGACACCGAGCGAUUCUUCUGCUGGACCACCACCACCACCUUCCUUCCUUAGAACUGGUCGGAGACCACCGCCACCAAGCGAAGGUUCUUCGAGUCCACCACCACCUCCUCCACCUCCGCCGCCGCCUGGAUCCAGACACACUCUAUGUUCACCUCGUAACUCACCACGGAUGAACAGGAAGCAUCAUCAAACGUCUGCUUCCCUCGCCACAACACCUACGCAAAACACCUUGAGCCCCGAAUUUCCUAACGAAGGAUUUUCUUCGAGCGGCUCGAGGCCGAGUGGCCUUGACCGAGUGUUGCUCGAGAGAAACCUCGAGAGACUGCUUCAGGAACGCAGUUCUCACUCGGAGGAAAAUCACAACGAAUUAGGAAGACUGAUGCAGGCAAGAGACCGUGAACCGUUGAGAUGUGUUCAGAAUUGCGCUCCUACCCACGCGUCGAGUAUGCCAGAGUUGCCGCCACCUCCCCGGCCGUCGUCCGGAGCGUCCGCGUCGGCGUCGACAUCCACAUCGACCGGAGUUGUGGCGGCCGCGAUGCCCGGGAUCGUGUUGGAGACGACGGCAUCGCCGACGACCCUCGUCGUUAGCCAAACGGAUCCUCCGACGCCAACGUCGCGGCGUGUGCGGUUCCAGGGUGACUUGGACGUGAACGAUCACGCUGCGGCGUCGUCUCGCGUCACCCUAUCGCCGAGCAACGAUAGGAAUUCAUCCUCGUCGCCCUCCCCUCCCCCAGCGUCGUUGUCGAGAACAAAUGUGUCUCGAUCGAGAAGCCUACAGCCUGAAGAAGUCGCUAGCACGUCCGCCUGGGGUGCGUAAACUUCUCUACUUUGCAUAAGAUAACGCAGUUCCUUCCAGCAAUCGCUCGUUCUUCUUAGAAAAGGGGAAUCGCCGAGCUACGUGAUGGAUGGGUGUGGAUGGUUGUUGAGCCUAAUCUUGAGAUUAGGCUUGAAUCUAGAAGAAGAAGAACAUUCAAAAAGAUUGACCUACGUUUCAUUGCACCGAUUGCUCUCAUUCAUAUCAAGAUUUACUGUAUCUUAUUAUAUCUUAUGCACUUAAGACGUCUAUCGCGGACAUUAAAUAAUUUGCUCUAUUCAUCUUGUCGAUUGAAUUUAUCAUAUUUUACAUUGAAUAUCUUUAGAAUAGUAUGCUGUGGCCGCGAUACAACUGUUAUGCGAUCAACGUGCUUGUAAUGAUUUCAUAACUUGCUGCAGGUAUUGCUGGAAGCUCAAGGAUAGACGGUGACGACGACGACGUCGAGUCUUGCUGUUCUACAUGUAGCUCCUCGAGCAGUUCCGACGAGGCUACCGCCUACGCUUUGCCGCCAAGAAGAGCGUACGGUGGCGUUAGGAUUUCGUACGUGCCGAACGAUGCGGUGGCAUGCGCGAGAAAACGUACACCGACAUCCUCAACGUCGAAUCAAACUCACAAGGACACAGAUAAGUGCGUUGUAUCCUGAUGACAUGCUUCGAAAGUUUCAACAUAUAUCUGCGUCUAUAUUCGAUGUACAUUAUUCAUCGAUGCAGGAAAAUCGUUUUCGCUUCACUGUCAGGUGACGGUGAUCCGAUAACAUUUGUAUCAGUCUCGAACCGACGAGCAACGUCGCAAAGAAAACGAACAAACGAACGCGAAUGCGAGAUACAAGAGUUCCUAAAAAUCGGCGUGACUAGGAUUUUUCUGCCACGUUCCCCGCGGUCGAGACUCAAACGAACGACUUCAAAUACUCGUGUACAUAAUGAACGUAACAAUCGAAAUAAUCGGUCGCGAAUUACACCGAACAACUCGCGACGAUCGCGACGUUUCUUUUUCUAUUUUUAUUACCCCGAUGUAUUUGAUAAUAAUAACGACGAUGAUAGCAUUAUAUUUUAUUACCAUUUGUCAUUCCCGCUGCGUAAUUGACAGUUCAAACGGGCGCCGUACCCCUAUAGGUCAUCCUAUCUUGGUCUCCUCAACUUCUUCAGGCAAUAGUGUAUGAGGCGAUGAACCCAGCUUCGUGAAACAAAUAGUAUUGGUAACCGUGAUGUGAUCGCACGACAUUACAUUGUAAGUACAAAUAAAAGGCGCUCGGACCGAGAUGUAGACAAUCUGAAAAAUAUUCGGAAAAUAAAUUGAUAUUUGAUUUAUCCCUUGACAUUCUCUUCAUUUUCUUUUUUUCUUACGUUUCUUUAUGCCAAGUUACAUAAUAUUAUUAACACAAGUAUAAUGUGCAGUAAACUGUAAUUGCUUCUUCAUCAUCUUGAGGAUUGAUUGUAUCAUUUUGAUCUCUCACAUCAAUAUCAAAUCACAAGACAUAUAAGUAAGAUUAAAGAUUACAUUUUCAAUUGUUUUGACCUAAGCGUAUUAGGUUGCAGGUAUAUUUGUUUCGUAAACGAUAUCAAAAAGAAAAGAAACAGAAUGAAUAUAUAUCAUACAACCUAAUACAUAUAUCUUUCUCUACUGCUCCAGCAAUAACCAUCCAAACCGAUUUAACUAUCAAUGCAUGAAAAACUCGCUUUCUAACGCAAAGGUAAGAUUAAUCAUAAUAUAAGCAAAGCAACGUUUGGAAAGCUUGUAAAAGCCUCGUUUGAAGAUUAAUGGAAAUCAGUAUGAUGAACUAUAUAAUGGCAAGAUCCAAGUAACAGCGAGAAAUCUUUUGUUAAUGUUCCAUGUUUCUUGAAAAAGUUGUGCUACUUGUUGCUUGAUAUUUCUACAUAUAUUACUUCACGUUUUUAGGGACAACAUAAACGUUCCUCUGAUUAUGUUACAACAAUAUGAACAAAACAAUGAUACCCUGAUAUUUAUCUUCUAAUAUUUCUGAUACUUAUUGUGCAUUGUCUGCGAUAAGAAGCAAAAAAGAGUUCUUGUUUGUUUCAGUGAGGAUGUAGCUUAAGUAGGCAAAAAUACAACGAUGCUUGUCGUCCGAUUAGAAGGGGAAAAAUGAAAACGCACGGUCGAGCAGCGAAAACAGCGAAAGUGGUUUCUCUCGGCCGCACCAGACGCCUGUUGUUAUGCCACUAUCUCGUCUACUUGUUACACUCAUGGUUACCCUCUCUCUCUCUCUCUCUCUCUUUCUCUUUCUCUUUCUCUUUUUC